UAGCCAGCAGACAUUUUGCUGGGAGGGAGAAAGAUUGACAAAAUAUCAUCCAAUCUUGCAAGGAAGAAUGGACAUAAAGUGUUUGGCGUUGGUUUUCUGCUUUCUGGUCGUGCUUGGGACCCCAUCACCUGUGCGAAGGAGCACUGUAAGACCACAACCGGGGCUAUGUAGUCUUCAAGGCCGUGCGCUCCCUCCCUGCCAGCGUUGGCACAAGAUAGAUCGUAAUGGUUGUUGUAGACCCUGCAAGUGUCAUAAAGGGAAAGGGAAAAAGCUGAGCACACAGGAUCCGUGCAAAGAAAAGUGCAAGCCAUGCAUCGCCAAAGAAACUUUCAAUCAGCACUUUGAUUAUUUUUGCAAGUCCUGCCAGACGUGUGGCGCUAACGAAGUUGUAGUCCAGCAGUGUACAGUAUCCUCGGACACAGUGUGUCACGCAAUGUACGCCUUUGUGUAA